GUCAGGAACACAUGAAUGCAGAUGUGAUGCAGAUGUGUGCAGUCGCUCAGCAGCUCUGCUUCAUGUUGAGGUUUUUCUGCAGAGGUCUUCAUGGAGGUUUUUGAAGUCUUUCAGGAGGAGUUUGAGGUCUCUCAGGAGAUUUUCAAGGUCUUUCAGGAAGUUUAUGACCCAGUUCAAUGGGUCUUUAAGUAAUUUGAGGUCUUUCAGUAGUUUUUUGACAUCUUUUGGAAGAUUUUAGAGGUCUUUCAGGAGGUUCCCGAGGUCUUAAGGGACGUUUUUGAAGUCUGUAAAUUGAGAGACAUUUAACCCUUUGGCGCACAACAUAUUGUGUUCAAUGGAAAAUGGGUAUCUCUUGACCCAUGUUGUGCAUCAAAACAUUAAGAAGGUUUUUGAUGUUUUUAGGUUUUCCUGAAGGUAUCUCAGGUUUUUUCAGGAGGAGUUUGAGGUUUCUCAACAAAUGUAGCCGCAAGGGGACACAAGCCAGUGUCUUAUUGUGCCGGUCCCAAGCCCGGAUAAACACAGAGGGUUGUGACAGGAAGGGCAUCCCACGUAAAACUUUGGCCAAAUCAAACAAAUGUAUGACUUCCAUACCGGAUCGGUCGAGGCCCGGGUUAACGACCGCCGUUGGUGCUGUCGACCUACAGGGUGCUGGUGGAAAAUGGACGACUGUUGGUCGAAGAAGGAGGGGAGGAAGGUGUGUUCGUAGGAAGAGAGAGAAGAGGAACACCAAGAGGCUAGGACUGAGAGUAGGGACUUUGAAUGUUGGAACUAUGACAGGAAAAGGUAGAGAGCUGGUUGACAUGAUGCAGAGGAGGAAGGUGGACAAACUGUGUGUCCAGGAGACCAGGUGGAAAGGUAGUAAAGCUAGAAGUUUAGGAGCAGGGUUCAAGUUGUUCUAUCAUGGUGUAGAUAGGAAGAGAAAUGGAGUAGGAGUUAUCUUGAAGGAGGAGUUUGUUAGGAAUGUCCUGGAGGUAAAAAGAGUGUCAGAUCGAGUGAUGAGCCUGAAGCUAGAAAUCGAAGGUGUGAUGUUCAAUGUUGUUAGUGGGUAGGCUCCACAGGUAGGAUGUGAGCUGGAGGAGAAGGAGAAAUUCUGGUUGGACCUUGAUGAAGUGAUGCAGAGCAUCCGUAGAAGUGAGAGAGUUGUCAUUGGUGCAGACGUCAAUGGACAUGUUGGUGCAGGAAACAGAGAUGAUGAGGAGGUCAUGGGCAGGUUUGGUAUCCAGGAGAGGAACGCAGAAGGACAGAUGGUGGUUGACUUUGCAAAAAGGAUGGAAAUGGCUGUAGUGAAUACUUUCUUCCAGAAGAGGCAGGAACAUAGGGUGACCUAUAAGAGUGGAGGUAGGAGCACACAGGUAGACUACAUCUUGUGUAGACGGUGUAAUCUGAAGGAGAUCAGUGACUGCAAAGUAGUGGUAGGUGAGAGUGUAGCCAGACAGCAUAGGAUGGUGGUGUGUAGGAUGACCCUGGUGGUGAAGAAGAUGAAGAGGGCAAAGGCAGAGCAGAGGACCAAAUGGUGGAAGCUGAAAAAGGAAGAGUGUUGUAUGACUUUCAGGAAAGAGUUGAGACAGGCUUUGGAUGGUCAGGAGGUGCUUCCAGAUGACUGGACAACUACAGCAAAUGUGAUCAGGGAGACAGGUCGGAGAGUACUUGGUGUGUCACCUGGAAGGAAAGGAGAUAAGGAGACUUGGUGGUGGAAUGAGGAGGUGCAGGAGUGGAUCCAGAGAAAGAGGUUAGCUAAGAAGAAGUGGGACACUGAGAGGACUGAAGGGAGUAGACAGGAGUACAGGGAGAUGCAGCGUAAGGUGAAAGUAGAGGUGGCAAAGGCCAAACAAGGGGCUUACCAUGACUUGUAUGCUAGGUUGGACAGUAAGGAGGGAGAGACUGAUCUGUACAGGUUGGCAAGGCAGAGAGACAGAGAUGGGAAGGACGUGCAGCAGGUUAGGGUGAUAAAGGAUAAGGAUGGAAGUGUGUUGACAGGUGCCAAUAGUGUGAUGGGAAGAUGGAAAGAGUACUUUGAAGAGUUGAUGAAUGAGGAAAAUGAGAGAGAACGAAGAGUAGAAGAGGUGACUGUUGUGGACCAGGAAGUAGCAAAGAUUAGUAAGGAUGAAGUGAGGAGGGCAUUGAAGAGGAUGAAGAGUGGAAAGGCACUUGGUCCUGAUGAUAAACCUGUGGAGGUAUGGAAGUGUCUCUGAGAGGUAGCAGUAGAGUUUCUGACUGGGUUGUUCAACAGGAUCUUAGAUAGUGAGAAGGUGCCCGAGGAAUGGAGGAGAAGUGUGCUGGUGCCCAUCUUUAAGAACAAGGGAGAUGUGCAGAGUUGUGGCAACUACAGAGGAAUAAAGCUGAUGAGCCACACGAUGAAGCUAUGGGAAAGAGUCGUUGAAGCUAGACUAAGGGCAGAGGAGAACAUCUGUGAGCAGCAGUAUGGUUUCAUGACAAGAAAGAGUACAACAGAUGCAAUAUUUGCUUUGAGGAUGUUGAUAGAGAAGUACAGAGAAGGUCAGAAGGAGCUGCAUUGUGUCUUUGUAGAUCUAGAGAAAGCUUCUGACAGGGUGCCCAGAGAGGAACUGUGGUUUUGUAUGAGGAAGUUUGGAGUGGCAGAGAAGUAUGUUAGAGUGGUGCAGGACAUGUAUGAGGACUGUAAGACAGUGGUGAGGUGUGCUGUAGGAGUAACAGAGGAGGAGAAAAAGUGUAAUGCCCUUUUUGUGUCACAAGGUCUAGUUUAGAGCCAUACCUGUAGAUAUCAUGACAUGUUGACACCCAUUUGCAAUGCAAUUUAAAAAUAACAAUGUUGUAUUUUUAAAUUAAUCAACCAUAAACUACUACAGAGCUCCCUGAAUUCAAGUUAGUACAUGUAAUUUGGAUGUGUAUGUUAUAAUUACAUGUAUGCAUUGCAAAUGGGUGUCAACAUGUCAUGAUAUCUACAGGUAUGGCUCUAAACUAGACCUUGUGACACAAAAAGGGCAUUACACUUUUUGAGGGUAGUCACUUUUAACAACAAACAUUUCAAAAAGAACAAAACAUACACAAUACUUCCAUUGGAAUGACUACUAAUACUUGUAUCCCAAUUUAAAGUAGUGAAAAGCAAAAAAGGAUUUUGACAUCACCCAUGCCAUUUUGAGUAAGAAUAUCUCAGUAACUACAAAUAUAACCCUGCUGCUUUUUUGUACAGUGAUAGAAGACAGAUGGAACUGUCUUGUAGAAAAAUUUGGGGUCUCUGGUACCUGUCCCACA